AUGAAGGCAGUUCUGGAAUAUUGGGUGCCCAAGGUUCAGCAGUUUGAGAGGGAGGACGAGGUGAUUGUCCGCAAUGCUUUUGAGCUCAACGGUAUGGGAUUACCUAUCACAAGCGUUCUUGUUACUGGAGAGCAGGUCCCAUCGAGUGAGGCCGGUGAUGCCCCAUAUCGCUAUAAGUUCCUUUGGAUUAUUGAAUCCAUGGUGACCCCGACGCUCGGAGUUAUUGGUAGUUACCCUUGUGCCCUGCGGCCGACAAUGAGUGGUCUAUCUCGGCUUCGUAAAGCCGAGAUUUUUUAUUACGCUGAGGAUGUCGAACACAUGAUGAAUACCAUGUAUGCGGAGUUCGAAGAGAAUUCGAACGUCAAGUCCAUCAAAGAAUUUUUUUACUGCAAGGAUUGUCCGUCCAGACUGGACUAUCGGGUCCGACGAAAAUUGAAAGAUGGUACGGUCGAUCUGCAGAAAAACUGGCACAGGACCAGGCCCCAAUUUGGUCCGACUGAGCAUUUUCUAUGA